AGUUCCUUUAUAAAAUACAAUUAUUUUUUGCUUUUUCAUUUUGCAAACACCUUGUAUAUUAAUAGGAUAUCAAUGAACAUCCCUCGUAUAAUACAAUCGUUAAAUAGCUGGCAACGCCGCUCUGUCGUCUUAAUUUUACAUCAGCUGUUUCUUGUGUGUUUAUUUAUGUUUUUAUUUGUGGUCCCAAAAUGGCAGACGUGAAGUCUCUCGAACAUCCCACUUUAAAGGUUCCUUACGAAAUACUCAACAAAAAAUUCCGAACAGCCCAGAAGACGUUAGACAGAGAAGUCUCACAUGUACAAUCAGCUGCCACCGAAAUAGAAAAGACCCUUUCAGAGGGCGAGGUCAAGGCAAAAGACAUCACCAUGCUACUUGGUGGCAUGGUUGAGAAACUCCAAGUCCUAAAACGCAAAGCUGAAGAGAGCAUCUCUGAAGAACUUCACUCAUCCAGUGUGUGCAAACGUAGGCUGGAACAUUUGAAAGAGCAUGCCACUUUAACUCCAUCUGGCCAGAUUUCUCAGGGGGCUCUGAACCAGUGGAGAAGAAAAAGGUUGGACAGAAUGGUAGUGGAAUACUUUUUGAGGAAUGGGUACUAUAAUGCAGCCAUUACUUUGGCAGAAAGGUCGGACAUCAAAGAGUACACAAAUAUUGACAUUUUUCUUGCAUCAAGGGAAGUGGAAAAGUCCUUGGCCAGCAGAGAAACAGCCAAAUGCCUGCUGUGGUGCCAUGACAAUAAGUCGAAACUACGCAAACUCAAAUCGAACAUGGAAUUUAAAUUACGCAUUCAAGAGUUUGUGGAGUUAAUCAGAGGUGACAGACGUAUGGACGCAAUAAAACACGCCAGAAAACACUUUCCGAGUUUCGAGGAGGAACAUUUACCCACAAUUCAGCAAGUUAUGGCUCUUUUGGCCUUUCCAGUUGAUACUGCGAUAGAACGUUACAAGGUACUAUUUGAUGAGUCCAGGUGGGACAGUCUUAUAGAAGAGUUCAGACAGGAGAACUACAGACUGUUUCAGCUAGCGUCGCAGUCUGUUUUUACCGUAGCUUUACAGGCAGGCCUGUCAGCACUUAAAACACCUCAGUGUUACACAGAGGGUUGCGAUUCGAAGAAUCCGGCGUGUCCUGUAUGUCAAGACUGUUUGAACCAGUUGGCAGUUCCUUUGCCAUUUGCCCACUGUUCUCAGUCCAGGUUGUAUUGCCAUAUUAGUGGUUUACCACUGAAUGAAAAUAAUCAACCACUAAUGUUGCCUAAUGGUUACAUAUAUGGUGAACAGGCGUUGGAGCAAAUGGCCAGGGCGAAUAAUGGUUGUGUUAUUUGUCCCAAAACAAAAGAGAUGUUUCAAUUUAAGAAAGUUGAAAAAGUGUUUGUCAUGUAAAUGUGAUAUACUCCUUAGAGUAUGUAGUUAUUAAGGAUACCUAUUUUUAUUAUUAGUUUUUGUAUAUAAUUUAUAUACUAUAUUAUAAGAACAUGUGUGUUUCUAUGUUAAAAAUGUAAUAUUAAUUGGUUAAAUUAUAAAUUCAGUUUACAUGUAUUUUUCAAAAUUUAAAUUUGCCUAUUAUAGAAAUAAACAUAUUUAGUUACAAAUGCAAUUGUUUUCAU